AUGUACAUUCUUCUUGAGGAGUUGAAACUCCGAAGAAAUGCUAUCAUUGUUCUGGCUUUCUUAGCAUCGUCCGGAAAAGCUGGCUUUGAAAUUCUCUUGGGUCAUAGGCUUCCGAAAAGGAGUGACUUUCUUACAUUGAUUUUGCACAUUUUGGCAUCAGAGAUGGACAUUGAAGCAUCAGAAUGUACUCAGCUGCCUGAAAUUUUCAAAGAAAGGACCUUGCUAAUUCGAGAGGCACUUAUCCUUCUGAAUAGACUAGCAUCAAAUCCGCAGUACUCCACUCCUGUUUUCAGAAUACUAACGAACAGCCGAGAUGUGGCCUCUUUGACCUUGGAUGUAGCUAACAGGUUAUCCCGCAAAGGCAAAUGGCUAUGGCAGUCUGACAAGUUGACUCGGCAAAUCAGAGAAUCUGAAAUUGUGGACUUAGCUCGGGUAUUUAAAAAAAGGGUGUUCACCUUUUUAGGAGAAAGCUUGUCCUGA